AUGCGAACGCUAAACGCCUUGGCAGCGUUAUGGACGACGCUAUGCCUUGUUCCAGGAAUGCGCGCGAUCGAGAUCGACAUCACAAAUGAGCAAUCUGUUAAAGAUGCUGCAUCCACAGCGAUGUGGGGGGCAAUGUCAUACUACCAAGGUAACAUAUCCGGGAACAUUCCAGGAAAUAUUCCCUCCAAAUGGUAUGAGGGUGCUGUCUUGUUCUUGUCAACUAUAAACUACUGGUAUUUCACCAAUGACACCACGUACAAUGACGUGACAAAGGUUGGGCUCGAUUUUCAGGGCGAGCCUGGCGACUACAUGCCACCCAACUGGACACAGUGGAUUGGAAACGAUGAUCAGUUCUUCUGGGGUUGCGCUGCUAUGACAGCUGCAGAGUUGAACUUCCCCGAAUACGGACAAUGGUCAUGGCUUAGCCUCGCACAGGGAGUGUUUAAUGACCAAACCGCUAAGCCUAAUCCCUCAAACACGGGAUGGGACCCGACUAGCUGCGGUGGUGGCGUGCACUGGCAGAAAUUCGAAGAACAGGGUGGUUUCUAUGUGAAGAACAGCAUUGCCAAUGGAGGUUUAUUUCAACUAUCUGCACGCCUUUACCGGUACACGAAUAACCCAUUCUAUGCUAAUUGGGCUCAGAAGAUUUGGGAUUGGUCUGUCGGUCACUUGAUUGUUAACGGGACUUUCGAGGUCUGGGACACGGUGUCAAUAGACAAAGAUGACUGCCAUUUUCCCGGUCGGACCCCGUGGACAUACAAUUAUGCCUCCUACCUAUUGGGGGCAGCUUACAUGUAUGCCCAGACUACGGGGGCUGAUCAAGAACGCUGGCUUAACAUCGUCUACGGGCUCACAAAUAAGACUCUGGAUACGUUCUUCCUCAAAAAGAACGGAUAUGUAUUAGAAGAGAUCAGCUGUGAUCCUUGGCCGACACAAUGUUUCGAUAGCAACAGUAUUUUGUUCAAAGGCCCUAGCGUUUUGUGGCUAGGAUGGACUGCCAUUUUGGUUCCACAGGUAUACGACACAAUUAUGCCGAAGCUUCAGGUAACAGCCCAGGGAGCUGCAGCAUCCUGUACGGGGCCCACUACACCAGAGCUAUGUGGCUGCAGCUGGUAUCAGAAGAAACUUGAUCCCAGGCUGGGAUUGGAGCCCAUGAUGAGUGCCAGCAACAUCUUCACUAUCAACUUGCUCUCUUUUGACACUCAGAGGCAAAAACAAGGGCCCCUGACAUCGUCGACCGGUGGGACGAGUAAGGGCAACUUCAACGCAGGUAAAAAUUCAGGCAGUCAAAAUUCCACCCCGCCGGCACCAAUAACGACAGCCGACCGUGCAGGUGCUGGGGUCCUGACUGCAGUUUUCCUUUCUAUUUGGCUUGGUGUGGUUGUCUGGAUGUUUCUUGAAGAAUAG